GGUAGUGUACUGUACAAACAACUGCAUGUCUUCAAUCACUUUCCAGCAUCACUUGCCUCUAUUACCUUCCAAUACUUCACUUAUAAUAGCGGCGGCUUCAGACAAUGCGCCAACCAUAAAGCCUCCCAACUUUGGUCAAAUCCCUUCAUGGCUCUCUCUCAAAACCGCUCCUUCUUCCCUGAAAACCCCGCAACAAAACCAGCCUGGCAAAGUCGAGAAUCUACACCUAGUUUCUUUGUCCAAACAGGAGAAGCUCAAAGAAGCUCGUGCUUUUCUCGAGCAAAUGGGCGACGCUGGCGUUUCCGUCCGCCCGUACUCCUUCGAAUGCCUCCUUCAAGCAUGUAGUAAUUUAAAAUCAGUGUCAGAUGGAAGAUACUUUUACCAUAGAUUACGAGAAACAGUGAAGAAUCCCUCUGGGUUUCUUCAGAAUUCCGUGCUUCGUAUGUAUUGUGAUUGUGGUAGUCUAGUUGAGGCGCAGAAGGUGUUUGAUGAAAUGAUUGAAAGAACUUUGGUUUCUUGGUUGAUUAUCAUAUCUGCUUAUGCGGAGGCAGGGUUUUUUAAUAAGUCUUUUCGGUUAUUUUCAGAUAUGAUCGAAUCGGGAAUUGAACCGAAUUCGUUGGUAUACAAUGGUCUGUUAAAGUAUUUAGUUAGUCCUUGUUUUUUGGAACUUGGUAAACAGUUGCAUUCUCAUGUUGUAAGAAGUGGAUUGAGUUCCAGUGUUUCUAUUAAUACAGCAAUCUGUAACAUGUAUGUGAAAUGUGGCUGUUUAGAUGAUGCUAAGCGUGUUUUUGGUCAGAUGGAUGAAAAAGAUUCUGUAGCUUCGACAGCAUUGAUGGUGGGGUUCACUCAAGCUGAGAAAUUGAAGGAUGCUUUGAAUUUGUUUGAGAAGAUGGUAGUUGAAGGUAAUGAAUUGGAUGAAUUUGUAUUCUCAAUUGUUCUCAAAGCCUGUGCUGGGUUGAAGGACUUGAACUUGGGAAGACAAAUUCAUGGUUUUGUUGUUAAACUUGGGUUGGAAUCUGAUGUUUCGGUGGGAACUCCUCUUGUGGAUUUUUACAUCAAAUGUUCGAGUUUUGAACCUGCUUGUCGAGCAUUUGAGAGGAUAAGAGAACCAAGUGAUGUUUCAUGGAGUGCUAUGAUAUGUGGUUAUUGCCAAAAUGGAAAAUUUGAGGAUUCUGUCAAAAUUUUCAAAUCUUUAAGGAGUAAAGGUCCGGUUCUUAAUUCAUGGAUAUAUACUAACAUUUUUCAAGCAUGCUCUGCACUUGCAGACUUCAAUUUGGGUGGCCAAGCUCAUGCAGAUGCUAUGAAAAAUGGUGUAAUCUCGUACCUAUAUGGAGAGAGUGCUUUGGUUAGUAUGUAUUCCAGAUGUGGAAGGUUAGACUAUGCCACUCAAGCAUUUGAAUUGAUAGAUGCACCUGAUACUGUUGCUUGGACUGCUAUAAUAUCUGGUAAUUCUUAUCAUGGCAAUGCCUCUGAAGCUCUAAGGCUUUUUAGGAGGAUGCAGUACUGUGGUGUGAGGCCAAAUGCAGUUACAUUUAUUGCAGUUUUAACUGCUUGUAGUCAUUCAGGAUUAAUUACAGAGGCCAAGCAUUUUAUGGAUACAAUGCUUAGUGAGUAUGGUGUGAACCCAACUAUUGAUCAUUAUAAUUGUAUGAUUGAUAUUUACUCUCGUGCUGGGCUAUUGAAGGAAGCAAAUGAGCUGAUAAAGAGCAUGCCAUUUGAUCCUGACACAAUGAGCUGGAAGUGUUUAUUGGGUGGUUGUUGGGUCCAUAAGAAUUUUGAGCUUGGAAAAAUCGGAGCAGAAAACCUCCUUCAGCUGGACCCCGAGGAUACUUCCAGCUAUAUUCUCUUAUUUAACCUGCAUACUUCAUCUGGGAAAUGGGAAGAAGCAGCUAAUAUUAGGAAAAUGAUGACUGAAAGAAAUUUGAGGAAGGAACUUAGUUGCAGUUGGAUUACUGUCAAGGGAAAAGUACACCGGUUUGUGGUGGGUGAUAAACACCAUCCUCAGACAGAGGAGAUUUACUCAAAGUUAAAGGAGUUUAAUGAUUCCAUGUUAAACCAUGAACAUGGCCUUCUAACUGAAGAAGAUUUAUCAGCUAGUUUGCCUGAGCGAAAAGAACAACUUCUUGAUCAUAGUGAGAGACUUGCUAUAUCAUUUGGGCUCAUGUCAACCCCAACUAAUGCUCCUAUUGUAAUUUUCAAAAACCUUCGGGCGUGUAAGGACUGCCAUGACUUUGCAAAACAUGUGUCCGCGGUCACUGGGCGUAAGAUUGUGGUUAGAGAUGCCAGCAGGUUCCAUCAUUUCCACUCAGGGCAAUGUUCUUGCAACGAUUACUGGUGA